AUGGCGGCUGAUGCCGCGCCUUUCAGCAAGGAGACACCGCGAAUCGCACUCUUGGGCCAGAAAGAUGCCCUUAACUUCGCGCUCUACCAGCUCGUGCAGGCGCGGAGGUCGCAACCCAUCGAGGUGUUGGUGCUGACGCCGAAUGACCAGCCAGCUGUGCCCUGUUGCGCCGACACUGCUGCAGUCUGUGCUUCCCUAGGCUACGAGCACCGUGUGGCCAGCAAGAACUACAUGGUGCUCGAGGUCGCCUUCGACCUGCUAAAGCGCUGGAUCUCGAAUGCCUUUCUUCGCGAGGUGCGUGACACGGCCCCGGCGGGCUGCCCCUGGCAAUCGCUGACCCGGGCACUGGAGGAGUCGCGGCGGCGACGCUGGCGUGAGGCUCACUCCGAGGGCACAGACCUGGAGCUCGAUCCCAUCACAGAGGCGGACCUCCGAAAAUCGCUGGUCCAUGCCUACAAGGAGAUGCCUGAGUCGGCGCUCCGGGUCGUGGCAGAGGCGAAGCUGAAGGACGAGCUGUCCAUCUUCCAGCUCGGGCACUUUCCGGACACGGGUGAAGUGCUGGAGCAUUGGAAGUGGUACCUCUUCUGUCUGACUUUCGAAAGUCGAGAGUUCACCUCCAACGGUGUCCAUUGGGACAAGCAUCCUGACUUGGCCUACCCCUGCAUUGUACGAGUGCCUUUGGACUUCGUGGACCUGCAGAUCUUGGCAAGAAUCUUCAAGGUGCAGAUCACGGUGUCCCGGAUGGGCCGUGAAGCCCUUCGCCUCCUACCGAGCGAGGAGGAUGGCUGUGAGGAGAUCGUGCACCUGGUUAUGCACGGAGGACUCUGGGCGCCAGUCCUUGGCUCUCGGCCUCCUUUGCGGGAGGUCGACUUCGUUGGUUCCGUGGUCCAGCUCGGCCAUGACCUGCACUGCUUCGAAGCUUUCGCUGAAAAGACGGCUUGCAUCCUCGACUUCGACGAAGUGCAGGAUUUUUGCAGGGCCUGCGUGGGGAGGCACAUCAUCCCCGUCCAGCGCGAGCGGAUCUGCAAGAUCGUUGCUUGCGACGGGUCGCAGCAUCAUCCGCGCUAUCGGAUACCACAGGUGGAGUUGAUGCGGCGUGAGAGCCGGCGCCAGCGAGCCUCGCUAGACGGCCCGGGGCCAGGCGACGCCCCAAGCUUCCACGGAAUCCCGGACGGUUCGCUCGAGUUUCAGGUGCUCCUGGAUUUGGUCACUCAGUUGGUGUGUGAGCGACUCUGCGCCACACGAUGGAAAAUCGAGGGUGAGCCGCCGGCGAAGCUCGACGACUACGCCAGGUACCUGGACAAACUGGCACACCUCGCGCCGCUGCCUCCGGUGGAGGUCAUUGAGAUGCAGCUCACGCAGCCCUACCUCCAGCGGAUGAAGGGCUCGAGCUCGGAGGACAUUGCGCCAGGCCGCCGCUCUCUUGAGGAAGUGGUGCAGAUGCUGGAACCCUCCAAGGGCCCCAGCACGGUUUGGAUCCAGUGUCCCAGCAACUUCCGGCCGCUUGCCAGCCAGAGGAACAGCCUCUUGAGCUGCGAGGCGGGCGACUGGAUUGGGCUCACGGGGCUCGGAAGGGAAUACCCUGACGGUUCGCGGCUGCUCUUGGCGAAACCCGCGGGUCUCAAGGGUGUGCCGCGGUGGAUCCUCAGCGACGUGAUUUCCCGCUUCUCUGUCAGGGAGGAGUUCGCUCCUUCAGCUGAGUGGCCGUACCCGCAGGAGUUCCUCACGCUGAAGAACGGCGAUCUUGUGCAGGUCACUGACCGUCCCAAUGGGCAGUGGCAAGGAUGGGCCCGCGGAAAGCUGUGGAAGAGCCAUGGCGACCAGGAGCCUGUCUUGCAGGAGGGCCUCUUUCCACUGCACUGUGGCCACCCGGAGCUCUGGGUGAAGAGCUGGCUCAAGGAGCGUCCAGAAGCCUCCUCUCCGUUGAAAGUGCACGAGGACGAAUCCGACUCGGGUCCGUAUCCUCCGCGUCCGUAUUCGUACGGACAUGUGAGGCGCUAG